AUGCCAUCGCUGAAUUUGCAAUGCAGCAGCAGUAGCGCCUCCAAAUUACCCGUGCCUUUCUUUGGUACUGCCUUGGUGGUCCUCCUCUCUUGUGCAUCCCUCGCCAGCUCCUGUACAGAGCAAGAGAAGAGCUCCCUCAUCGACUUCCGAGAUGGUCUAUCCCAGGAGGGCAAUGGCGGCCUCAACAUGUCGUGGGCCAACAGCACAGACUGCUGCCAAUGGGAAGGAGUAAACUGCGGCAACGGUGGCGUGGUCACAGAAGUCUUGCUGCCUUCUAAAGGCCUCAAAGGGAGGAUCCCACCAUCACUCAGCAAUCUUACAGGGCUGCUGCACCUCAACCUGUCAUGCAAUUCACUCUACGGCAGUCUGCCAGCAGAAUUGGUGUUCUCCAGCAGCAUCACUAUCCUGGAUGUCAGCUUCAACCACCUAUCUGGUCCUCUGCAAGAGCAUCAAUCCCCAAUUUCUGGCCUUCCUCUCAAGGUACUGAAUAUCUCAAGUAACUUCUUUACAGGACAGUUACCAUCCACAACACUGCAAGUGAUGAACAAUCUUGUCGCUCUUAAUGCAAGCAACAACAGCUUUACAGGACCAUUGCCAUCUUCUAUUUGUAUCAACGCCCCAUCACUUGCCAUGCUUAACCUUUGCUUAAAUGACUUCAGUGGCACUAUUUCCCCAGAGUUUGGCAAUUGCUCCAAGUUGACAGUACUCAAGGCUGGCCGCAACAACCUUACCGGAGGUCUACCCCAUGAAAUGUUCAAUGCUACCUCAUUGGAGCACCUCUCUUUUCCAAACAAUAAUUUGCAAGGGGCACUUGAUGGUUCCAGCCUAGUCAAACUCAGUAAUCUGAUAUUCCUUGACCUUGGAUCAAAUGGGCUUGAAGGAGAGAUGCCAGAUUCUAUUGGGCAGCUGGGAAGAUUGGAGGAGCUCCACUUAGACAACAACCUGAUGAUCGGAGAGCUGCCAUCGGCCCUAAGUAACUGCAGAAGUCUCAAGUAUAUCACCCUCAGAAACAAUAGUUUUGUGGGAGAUCUUAGCAGAGUUAACUUCACCCAGAUGGAUCUGAGGACUGCAGAUUUUUCACUGAACAAAUUCAGUGGAAGAAUUCCUGAAAGCAUAUAUGCAUGCAGCAAUCUAAUUGCUUUGCGAUUGGCUUACAACAAUUUUCAAGGCCAGUUCUCACCAAGAAUAGCCAAUCUCAGAUCCCUUUCCUUCCUUUCAGUUGCCAAUAACUCAUUUACAGAUAUCACAGAUGCACUUCAGAAUCUCAACAGAUGCAAGAACCUUACCUCCUUGCUAAUUGGAAGCAACUUCAAAGGUGAAACCAUACCACAGAAUGCAGCAAUUGAUGGUUUUCAGAAUCUUCGGGUCCUAACCAUAGACACAUGCCCAUUGGUUGGGACAAUCCCUCUUUGGUUAUCAAAACUCACAAAAUUGGAGAUAUUAGAUCUAUCAUACAAUCACCUUACUGGAACAAUACCAUCCUGGAUUAACAGGCUGGAACUCCUCUUCUUUCUGGACAUAUCAAGCAACAGGCUUACAGGGGAUAUCCCACCUGAAUUGAUGGAGAUGCCAAUGCUACAAUCUGACAAGAAUGCUGCCAAGUUGGACAUGAAGUUCCUUGAGUUACCUGUAUUUUGGACACAAUCACGUCAAUACCGUUUGCUCAAUGCUUUCCCCAAUGUAUUGAAUCUAUGCAACAAUAGCUUGACAGGCAUAAUUCCCCAAGGGAUUGGUCAGUUGAAAGUGCUCAAUGUCCUCAACUUUAGCACCAACAGCUUAUCUGGAGAAAUACCACCACAAAUUUGCAACCUCACAAACCUGCAAACGCUAGACUUGUCAAAUAACCAGCUCACAGGUGAACUCCCAUCCGCAUUGCGUAAUCUUCACUUCCUUUCUUGGUUCAAUGUGUCUAACAACGACCUAGAAGGGCCAGUUCCAAGUGGAGGACAGUUUAAUACCUUUACAAAUUCUAGCUACAUUGGAAAUUCCAAGCUAUGUGGUCCUAUGCUCAGCGUCCAUUGUGGCUCAUUAGAAGCACCUUCAGCCUCAAUGAAAAGGAGGCACAAGACCCUCUUGGCAGUUGUUUUCGGUGUCAUUUUUGGUGGACUUGCUGCUCUUUCAUUGCUUGCAUGCUUCCUCAUAGCACGGUUGGUAUAUGAUGACCACACCGAAAACCUUGUUCCCCUACACAGGCGGUAG